AUGGCUGAUUCUCCAGAGCAAAGCCUUCCCAAGAUUAAGCUGUACUGGCUUAACCAAUCUCGAUCUCAGAGAAUCGUAUGGCUCCUGGAAGAACUGCAAGUACCCUACGAGAUCGAAGUAUUCCACCGGACAAAGGAGAUGCUCGCCCCCCCCGAGCUAGCCAAGAUCCACCCCCUGGGCAAGUCCCCCGUCAUCUCCAUCACCCCUCCUCAGGGAGGGGAGCCGGUCGUCCUGGCCGAGAGCGGCUUCAUGACGCAGUACCUGUGCGAGCACCUCCCCGGGGGCAAGAGGCUGAUACCCCCGCGCUGGAAGGCGGGUCAGGAGGACCAGGUCGGUGGUGAGACCGAGGCCUAUCUCCGGUACCAGUACUACCUCCACUACUGCGAGGGGAGCCUUAUGCCUCUUCUCGUCAUGACCAUAAUCAUCUCUCAGAGGGGGGGAAACGACGACGACAACAUAGGCCUCCAAUCCCCCAAUGUCCCCUUCUUCAUCCGCCCCAUCACCUCGGCCGCCGCCGGCCGCAUCUUCUCGGCCUACAUCUACCCCAACCUGCGCAGGCACCUCGCCAUGCUGGAGGAUCAGCUGGCCACCUCGCCCGACGGGGGGGUGUACCUCUGCGGCAGGGAUCUCACCGCCGCCGACAUCCUCAUGAGCUUCCCCCUCAUCGCGUCAAAGGGCCGUCUGCGGCAGGUCGGUCCCUGGGAAGGCGGCUGCUGGACAGAUGAGUUUCCUCGCCUCGGCGCCUACACUGCCAUGCUCGAGAAGCAUGAGGGCUACGUCGGGAGUGUGCGCAAGAUUGAGGAGGUCGACGGCGAGUUUACCCCGACGCUGUGA